GUCUAUGAUGGAGAAGAACACGGCCGUUUCAUGGAGAAACUGGAAGCACGAAUCAGAAACCAUGAUCGUGAGAUUGAGAAAAUGUGCAACUUCCAUUAUCAGGGCUUUGUGGACUCCAUCACGGAGCUGCUGAAAGUUAGAGGAGAAGCUCAGAAACUGAAGAAUCAAGUGACGGACACCAACCGAAAGCUGCAGAAUGAAGGCAAAGAAUUGAUAAUAGCAAUGGAAGAGCUGAAGCAAUGCCGAUUACAACAGAGAAAUAUUUCAGCGACGGUUGAUAAGCUAACACUGUGUCUUCCUGUCCUGGAGAUGUACAGCAAACUGCGAGAGCAAAUGAAAUCUAAAAGACACUACCCUGCGCUCAAGACCCUGGAGCACCUUGAGCACACGUACCUGCCCCAAGUGAGCCACUACCGCUUCUGCAAGAUCAUGGUGGAUAAUAUUCCAAAGCUGCGUGAAGAGAUCAAAGAAGUUUCCAUGUCAGACCUCAAGGAUUUCCUGGAGAGUAUCCGUAAGCACUCUGACAAGAUUGGAGAGACAGCAAUGAAACAGGAUUGCAGAUACAGUCAGUGGAAAAUAAUUGCCAAGAUAUUCUUCAGUCUUCUGCUCUCUCCAAAUAUUAAGGCGCAGCAGCAAAGAAACCUGGACAAUAUUGUAUCACAGCAUCCCAGGAUAGGCGGGGGAAAGAAGUCCAAGAAAGAAGUCUGCGCAAGCUCAGAUCUGGAGGUAAAAAACACUAGCCCCAUGUCUGAGCAGGAUUCGGGUAUCCUGGAUGUUGAAGAUGAGGAUGAGGAUGAAGAGGUGCCUGGGGCCCAGGACCUGGUGGACUUCUCACCGGUGUACCGAUGCCUGCACAUAUACUCUGUCCUGGGCGCCCGAGAAACCUUUGAGAACUACUACAGGAAGCAGAGAAGAAAACAAGCCAGAUUGGUCCUCCAGCCUCCUUCAAACAUGCAUGAAACUUUAGAUGGCUACAGGAAGUAUUUUAAUCAAAUUGUAGGGUUUUUUGUAGUUGAAGAUCACAUCUUGCAUACAACGCAGGGCUUGGUAAAUAGAGCCUAUAUUGAUGAGCUGUGGGAGAUGGCGUUAUCAAAAACUAUUGCAGCACUAAGAACACAUUCAUCCUACUGCUCGGACCCGAGCCUUGUGUUAGACUUGAAGAACCUCAUUGUCCUCUUUGCAGAUACACUCCAGGGAUACGGCUUCCCGGUGAACCAGCUCUUUGACAUGCUGUUGGAGAUCCAAGACCAGUAUAGUGAAACCCUGCUGAAGAAAUGGUCAGGAGUUUUCAGAAAUAUACUUGAUUCAGAUAACUACAGUCCCAUCCCAGUGACAAAUGAAGAAGUUUAUAAGAAAAUAGUUGGACAGUUCCCGUUCCAGGAUGCAGAACUUGAAAAGCAGCCGUUUCCAAAGAAGUUCCCCUUUUCUGAGUUUGUGCCUAAAGUUUACAAUCAGAUUAAGGAAUUCAUUUACGCCUGUCUGAAGUUUUCAGAAGACCUUCAUCUGAGCUCCACCGAAGUUGAUGAUAUGAUUAGAAAAUCUACAAAUCUGCUGCUGACCCGAACGCUGAGCAACUGUUUACAGAAUGUCAUCAAGAGGAAAAAUGUCGGGCUGACGGAGCUUGUACAGAUUAUUAUAAAUACGACCCAUUUGGAGAAAUCCUGCAAGUUCCUAGAGGAAUUCAUAACCAAUAUCACUAAUGUACUUCCAGAAACUGUCCACACUACAAAACUCUACGGGACCACAACCUUCAAGGACGCCCGCCAUGCUGCCGAGGAGGAGAUUUACACUAAUCUGAACCAGAAGAUAGACCAGUUCUUGCAGCUGGCGGACUACGACUGGAUGGCCAUGGAGCCGGGCAGCAAGGCCAGCGACUACCUUGUGGAUCUCAUUGGCUUUCUACGCAGCACGUUUGCUGUGUUCACCCACCUCCCGGGGGAUGUAGAUGUCCACUCUACAAUGUCGGGGAAGGUGGCACAGACGGCUUGCAUGUCGGCGUGCAAACACCUCUCCACCUCGCUGAUGCAGCUGCUGCUGGAAGCCGAAGUGCGGCAGCUGACGCUGGGUGCCCUGCAGCAGUUCAACCUGGACGUGGAGGAGUGUGAACAGUUUGCCAGAUCCGGCCCAGUGCCUGGGUUCCAAGGGGACACGCUGCAGUUGGCCUUCAUCGACUUGAGACAACUCUUAGAUCUGUUCAUCCAGUGGGACUGGUCAACGUAUUUGGCUGACUACGGGCAACCCACGUGCAAGUAUCUUCGCGUGAACCCGACGACAGCCCUCAUCCUGCUGGAAAAGAUAUCACGAGUGAUGAGAGACACGAGCAGAAAAAACAACGUUUUUGCCCAGUUUCGGAAAAACGAGAGGGACAAGCAGAAGCUGAUAGACACCGUGGCCAAGCAGCUCCGCAGCCUGAUCAACAGCCAUCACUCGUGAGGGACUCGGGGACCUCCUGCCCGCGCCGGUCCCUGCACCGCAGCCUUCCACAUGCCUGGACUUGGGAUUCUUGUUCAAAGAGAAUAUAUGUAUUUUUUUAUUCACCUGUAUAGUAUUCAUGAAACCUGCCCUGAUGACAAAAUGUUCCUUGUUAAACAAUCCCGGGGAAGAUAGGCGGCACUGCUCGUGAAGGUGGUGUCAGGAGUCUCCUAUUAUAAACUCCUAUUUUCAGGGGUUUAUAAAGUGACGGUAAAUCCUGAAGCCUGAGAGAGAAGUUCACACCCAGACUAUUACUAUUUUUUUUUUUUUUUAUAAGCCAAAUUGAAAGAAUCGGUCUGACUUCCUUUUGUUAACUUAUUCAGUCGCAGAACAAAUGAAAACAAAACAUAUAGGGAGGAGUCCUGGUUUCAGGUUCUUCUCAUGGGCUCCGGUAAAAGGAGCACGUGUUUAGAAAGAGGGUCACCCGUUAGCGUGUCUUGCCAGCUUGCGUACUGGAUUUCGGUAGGAGAAGAGGCAAACUGAUUUCCCAACUUUCCUCCUCCUUUUCCUGGAAGGGCUGAUUUCUACCUUAGGCUGCAGGUCGCUGGAGCUGCAGCCCUUUCCCGCGCGUCUGUAAUCAGCACAGCCACCCCCUGAGCUCCACCUCUGGGACCUGCCGGUGUCUUUUGGACCUGCGCUGAAUGUAGAGGGGCUUCGAGAGCUGCCUCGUUAAUUAGACUUGGAAAGGGAGAGCCAGAAGGUAAUCUGGCAGGGUGUCCUGCGGUGCAGGUCUGGUGCUGGGAUGCUGCUGCUCGCAUCCAGCACGGUUGGGUAGCAGGAGAGGAGGGGUGCUCAGCAGGGACGGUGCAAAGGCAGACUGGGCUCUCCCGGCGUCCAGGGCACUCCGUUCAGGGUUUUUUCCUCUCUUUGCACCUCUUUUCCAUGCUGAUGUCCCAUCUUCCCUCUCCUCCUGACACGGUGCGAUGGGGUAAAGCCCCUCUGCUUCCCGCGUGUGCUCUGGCUUGCGCCGUGCGAGGAGCAGCCCUGCAAACUCGCUGCUGUCCGGGACGAUAAGAAGGAACCUCCUGGAGGUCCCCGAAGUGGAGGCAGCAGGAGAUGCCCCGUGGAGCAGCAUCGCUCAGCAACCCCCGGCUCAGAAGUGCCUACAGACAAAAUUCCCCUCUCUGUUCUGGAGGUGCCCAAACAUCCUCUGCUCAAAUCAAGACAGCCUUUGAGGAGGACGGUAACGCUACCAACAGGACUUUAAUCCCAGGGUUCAGGUUACAGAGAGAGGGGACUUUUGCCCUUAUCUUCUCGUUACCCUUUUGACUCUAAUUACUGCAAGUGAAAGCUUAUCCAGCCGGUUCCCCCACCUCCCAAACCCUGAUGUUAAAGGGAAUUAAAAUCUUCCUGGUGUAUGUUACGGCCCUGGCAGUGCUGCUUCAGCAGGGGCACGAGCCGUGCCCAUUUCCUACCCUCGUUCGAAGGUGCUCAGCUCUCCAACCGCUUCUGGAAGCAGAGGGGUGUUUUGCUGACCUGCGGAACGAGGUUCCUUCUCCUUCCCCUCCCUCGGCGCAGACUCCCGAAGCUAUGGAGGGGCAGGACUUGUUUGAACAUCACCGCAUGGCGUUUGCAGAAGAGCAGCAGCACUUUCUUGGUGCACUCAGCCCCUUUGCUCUCUGACCACGUGCACUUUUUGCUGUGUGUUUCUUGCCUCGGGAGCUCUUCUGACACUCAAGCUCUGGACGCACGAAGGGGAUGGUGCUUUAUCUUCCCUCCUUGUUCCUCAGCAAUCCUCUUUUUUUUGUUUUCUUUUUGAUAAGGGUACGUGUUAAUUAACCCUGAAAGUAAAUAGGCACGUUGUCAGCAAUGACCUUCUGGGGCUGUCGUCCUGUCCCAGCAGCCUCCAGCCAUGAGGACCAGUGGAUUAUUUGCAUUAAUAGGAGGGAAAGGCCAAACUUGGCUUUACGGUUCCUUGCUUUUGCCGGGG